UCUUAUAGGUGCAACCAUUGUUGUCUCUGGUGAUGGCCGCUAUUUCUCAAAAGAUGUUGUUCAGAUCAUAACAAAAAUGGCUGCUGCCAAUGGAGUAAGACGUGUUUGGGUUGGACAAAACAGUCUCAUGUCUACUCCUGUUGUAUCUGCUGUCAUCCGUGAAAGAAUUGGUGCAGAUGGAUCAAAGGCUACUGGUGCCUUCAUCUUGACAGCGAGCCAUAACCCAGGUGGUCCUAAGGAGGACUUCGGUAUCAAAUACAAUAUGGGAAAUGGUGGACCUGCCCCUGAAUCCGUUACCGACAAGAUUUUCUCUAAUACAACGACAAUCUCUGAAUACCUCAUCUCUGAAGACCUUCCAGAUGUUGAUAUUUCUGUUGUCGGUGUCACCAGUUUCAGUGGACCCGAAGGCCCCUUUGAUGUGGAUGUCUUUGACUCUAGUGUAAAUUACAUAAAGUUAAUGAAGACAAUUUUUGACUUCGAAGCAAUAAAAAAGCUGCUGAUCCCAAAGUUUACAUUCUGUUAUGAUGUGCUCCAUGGUGUUGCUGGAGCUUAUGCCAAACACAUCUUUGUGGAAGAGCUUGGUGCUGAUGAAAGCUCACUGUUGAAUUGUGUCCCAAAAGAGGACUUUGGAGGUGGUCAUCCGGAUCCUAACCUCACCUAUGCAAAAGAGUUGGUUGAACGGAUGGGUCUUGGAAAGUCAUCCUCAAAUGUUGAACCUCCUGAAUUUGGUGCUGCAGCUGAUGGAGAUGCUGACCGCAACAUGAUUCUGGGUAAAAGAUUCUUUGUGACACCAUCAGACUCUGUUGCCAUUAUCGCGGCCAAUGCUGUUCAAUCAAUUCCUUACUUUGCUUCUGGCCUGAAGGGAGUUGCCAGGAGCAUGCCAACAUCAGCUGCCCUUGAUGUUGUUGCAAAGAAUUUGAAUCUCAAGUUCUUUGAGGUGCCUACUGGGUGGAAUUUUUUUGGGAAUUUGAUGGAUGCUGGAAUGUGCUCAAUCUGUGGUGAAGAAAGCUUUGGCACUGGGUCUGACCACAUUCGUGAGAAAGAUGGCAUCUGGGCUGUGCUUGCAUGGCUUUCUAUUAUUGCUUUCAAGAAUAAGGACAACCUUGGAGGAGAUAAGCUUGUCACUGUUGAAGAUAUUGUCCGUCAGCAUUGGGCCACAUAUGGUCGCCAUUAUUACUCACGAUAUGACUAUGAGAAUGUCGAUGCUGGGGCUGCUAAGGAGCUGAUGGCAAACCUAGUAAGCAUGCAGUCAUCACUUUCUGAUGUUAACAAGUUGAUCAAGGAGAUCCGGUCUGAUGUUUCUGAAGUAGUUGCAGCUGUCGAGUUUGAGUACAAGGAUCAUGUUGAUGGCUCUGUGUCCAAGAACCAGGGCAUCCGAUACCUCUUCGGAGAUGGUUCACGACUGGUGUUCCGUCUCUCCGGAACCGGUUCUGUUGGUGCCACCAUCCGUGUCUACAUCGAGCAAUACGAGAAGGAUUCCUCCAAGACCGGCAGGGAUUCACAGGAGGCCCUUGCUCCACUGGUAGUUGGAAUUCGUGAAACAGUAUUAACAUCAUCAUCUGAACAGUCCAUUUCAGCACUUCCUUGUGACAUACCAUCAACAAUAGCAUUCCCCAGAGAAUUUGAAGGCAAAGGUUCAACUGUAGGAUUGGAGGAACUUGGUAAUGCACCGCAAGAUUCAUUAGUAUCACAAGACCUCUGCCUCGUAUCCUCAUCAGCACAAAUAUGGCCGGCUGUUGGCUUGCAAACAGUAGAAACGGUGGGCUGGCUGGAGGAUUCAGAUAACCCAACAGCAUGGCUAGCAACAUUACCUUGUGAACGCUGUGAUUUUGCUUCCAUCAACAUUCAACAGUGUAGUAUGACCAUUUCUUGUUUCUACAACAGGACUGAGGGUGGCACUUGUGGAUUCCAUGCUUCACAAAUUUGUCAACUUCAGGAUUGA